UAGCGUUGAAAUGAUAUGCGUUUAAUAGUUUAGCAACAAAACACUCGGGCUGCUAAUAAUUUUGAAAUGCACUUAAAGAAGCCAGCUGGUUAAACAACUGAAAAAAUAAAAUACUUCCUGGAUGACACUGUUUCCAAAUUGACUUUGGUCUGAUGACUAUCAACAACAUGAAGUUCACGGUGAUUACCUUACUUACGCUGCUUCUAGGAGCUUUGGAAGUGAACAGUUUGAUGUGCUAUCAGUGCGAAAGCUAUUCAUCUCCAGCUGAUUGCGCAUCAAAGGAGAUUCAGACCACGUGUGUAGCUGGGUCAGUCAGAUGUGCCACAGUGGAAGCAAAGUAUGAAAGCGACAGCAUAUCUUCGCUAGUUAUUGUGAAAGGUUGCGCACCUACCGCUGCUUGCGAUGGGGAAAUCGAUAUCUGUAGCCAAGGAGAGGGAAUGGACUGCGACAUACAGUGCUGUUCAGGAGACUUGUGCAACGGUUAUUACGUUGAAGGAAGUGUUGUGAAGGAUUCCUUCUGCCAUACAUGUGUCAGCAACUCCUCAAUGGCCGACUGCAUUGAGAGUCAAACACAAGAACAAUGCUCUCUCAAGGAAAACCGUUGUGGGGUCAUGUUUGCCCAUCAGGGAGAAAUAUCGUUGUUUCGCAAAGGGUGCAUCCCGGAUGAUUUUUGCUCUUCUCUAUGUCAAAAUGGACACAUUGAAGGCGAUCCAAGUAUCGAGUGCGAAUUACACUGCUGUGAAGGAAGCCUUUGCAAUGAUGAAAAUAUGGGAGCUAAAUGAAUUUCUUGAGAAAGGCAAGCUUUAAACAAGUUUCGUGGCUGUUAACUGAUUGUGAGAACUUAUUCCCAAGUCUGAGUUAAAGUGUUGCAAUGGUUGAUUUUCACUUUUGUUUGAUGAUGAUGAAAUGUGAAAAAAGUGAGUCAAAAUGAUUCAGACCUUAUCUGGCUCAUAUCCGACUAAACAUCCCUUAUUUUUUCAUUCGUAAUGAAAAAAAUGUUCAAUAAUAAAUAAACCAGUGCCUUUUACUUACAGCUUUACACUGAGGUAUCACAUUACGCAGGCUGACAUACGUUUAUGGCAACAAAACGCCGACAAAAUUAUUUCUAAUAAAGGAAACAAUAAACUUAUAUAAAAUUUUAAUUUGCCCUUCGAGACAAAUGAUAGCAUAAGGUGACCAAACAAAAUUGUGAUAAGGCUUAAAAACCUUUUAAAGAAAGGCAAUAUCAAUAGCAUUGAAUUUCUAUGUAGACAGCUUAGAAUUGUAGUUUACUUGGUCGAAAAAAAUAUAUACAAUUAGAACCUUUUUUGACCAUGUUUUUGGGAACUCUCCUUCACAAAUCACCCUAAUCUGGGAAGCUGAAUAAAUAAAAGGAGAUACAUAUAGUCUGUCCCUGUUUCUUGAGGCCAUUUUCGUUUUCAUCUAAAUAACGAAGCUUUAGAUUGUGUUCAUCAUGAAGUUUGUUGUACUUCUUCUGGUCACUUUUCUUUUUCAUGAUGCAAAAGGGAACGAAGUGUUGUCCUGUUUGCAUUGCUCGAGUUUCCUGUCAAUGGAUGACUGCACUGAAAACCAACGAGAGCAAAUCUGUUUUGGAGAAGAAAACCGCUGUGGAACGUUCAUCGCCCACUCCCCUGGACUGCAAGGCUACGCAAAAGGAUGCUUAACUGACUUUCUCUGCCAGGAAUACCAAGCCCAGGGUUACUGUGAGCAGAACCUGGGAGUUGAGUGUGAAGUAAAAUGCUGCCAGAGUAACCUGUGUAACUACUAAACUCCCAGUUUCCACUGGCAGCUUCAUAUUCUUGUUGCGAUACACCAGAAAUAAACAUUCAAUCGCUGAA